UUUAACUCUUGGCGUCUGACUAGGAAAGAAUGAGUCGUGGUAUUGAGCACUAAACUACCAAGCGAGUGAGCCCGCCUGGAUUUAUUCUGGUUUAGGGACCUUCUCUCUGUUUUUCCUUUCGUUCUACGUGUUUACGGUUCAGUUUUUUAUUCUUUUUAUACUUAUGCAGUUUGCUUUGCGCCCAUUAGAGGGACAGCUCCAAUCAUCUCCAUGGCAACCUGGAAGCUGGCGUGUAAACAGUAGCUGUUUGCUGUGUAAAACAAGAAUCCCACAGCUGUUAGUUCUAGAUUUCUGACAAUGGAGAACAUAAGUCUCGAUAAAUCAGAUUUAAAAGCGGUGGAUGACUACUGGGAGUACAGAAGGAUUGUGGGUGAUGAUGAUGGAGGAAAACUAUUCACUCCAGAGGAAUAUGAGGAUUACAAGAGGAAAGUGCUUCCUCAGCGAGUGAACAACAGGCUGUAUGUGAGCUUUGGCGUUCCAGGGGGUAUUGACUGCAGACUAAUUGGCCCUGAGACACUGUGCUUCUGUGCACAUAGGUACAAGCAGCAUAAGACAGAGUGGGAAGAGGUUCCUUCUGAGCGACCCCUGGCCCUACCAUGCCAAGUCAGAGGAUGUAAUUGUCCUACCUACCAGUAUGUUCCUCGGCUUGGACCAAACCCUGUACGCUGCAGGUGUAAACACUUACCGCAGGACCACAGUGAAGCCUCCGGCCACUUGUGCAAGAUCUGUUCCUGUUCUGGGUUCCAGAGUCCCUACACUUGUGGAUGUGGCCAGCCCUGCUCUGUCCACCAGACCCUGGUUGAGACAAAACUGGAGAGGAAGGGACGGGGGCAGCCAGUAGGCCAGGAUGUCCCUUAUGCUGCCAUGGGGGGGCUCACAGGGUUCACCUCCUUGUUGGAUGGUUACUUAGCUCUGGAAGUCAGCAGUUCAGAUCAAGACAGAGACAAUGGCUUCCAACAGAGCCGCUCAGCCUUAAGGAUGAACCACACAUCCAUUAAAGCAUCUAGCUCUGUUGUCAGUAAGAAAAAGAGCAAAAAACACUGAAAUAAAGCACUUUCAAAAUGUUCAUUAUAUAUUGGACAGUUGAGAGUAAGCAUAUAUCAAAUAAAUCAUUCAUAUGUCCUGA